AUUAAAUGGCUGAAGGGUAAUCUGACACGUUUUGGAAAUCACUUUAUAUCUAUUUUAAUGAAAUGGAUUUCGAAUCUCAAUUGUUUGUGAAAAAGAUAUAUAAAAUCAUCAUAUUGACUGUGGCUGUAAUCAAAAAUUAGGAUAUCCUUAGAUAAUUUCAUUUAUAAUUGCGUUCUUCCUUGAGAGAUUUUCAGUAUGUGUAUACUCUACAAUUGGAUCAAGUGUUCUUUGUAUAUUAGUAUAAAAAAAAUAAUAUCACAUAUUAGGUAUUAGCACCUGCAUGGCCUAUAUGGAAAAAAAAUUAACCUAAUUGGCAACAAGGAAAUUAGUAAAAGCAAAAAUGAAAUUUAAAUAUAUAUUUUCAACGUAUA